AUGGCCUCCGAGCUGCCCGCUUCGCCGCCGACGAAAAGCCCACGGGUUUUCGGGCGGUCGGCGGUGCGCGGCGUCCGGGUGCUGCUGCUGGGAGUGGCUGCGUGGCAGGGCCUGGAGUGCUUUCAGCUGCCCAGGUGGUCCCAGCCGCUCCGCGCAACUUCUGUGGCCCGCCCAAGGCCUCUGCUGGCAAUGGGCAGACGCGGUUCGCCGAACCUGCAAACCGCACGACGUGUGAAAGCAAGUCGGGGGGAGCUGCAAGACGUGAACCUCUUCGGGGGCCCGCUGCAGAGUUGCACGCAGGGCGCGGACGGCCAGGUCACCGGCUGGACGCGGACGGGGUCCUGCGCCUGGGAGCCCUCGGACCUGGGGUUCCACCAGGUCUGCGUCACCAUGAGCGACACCUUCCUGGCCUCCAGCGCUCGCUACGACAAAAACGACCUGCGCUCCGUGGUGCAGAGCGGGGGCCAUUGGUGCAUCUGUGCGUGGGCUUGGGCUGCGGCGGUGUCCAGGGACCCCAAGACCUUCGAGGGUCUACAGCUUGACUGUGACCGCACCAACGGCCACCUGCGGGACGUGUACCACACCUACGCGGAGGCCAAUGAGAUGAUGACCUCGCCCUCCGGGGCCAAAUACGAGGCGCAGAAGGCGCUAGCGGCGGUGGACGCGCUGUGCCGGAGCUGA